AUGGCUCAUGUGAUGGGUCCGCCAGCAGCAGAUGUGCAUCUUCCUCCAUCAGGUCCAGCUCCACGAGGACGUGAGCACAGCAGUGGCGGGCGUCGACACUCCACCGGCAGCAACAACCGCAUCACGUACGCCAAGACAUGGGCGGAAGAUGUGCAGAAUUACCACGCUGCCAAGUCCGUCCUGCCGUGGCUGCCGGAACAGCAAAAGCCGGUGAAGCACGUGACGCGCUACGAAAAAUCCCGCGAAGAACGGGAGUACGAUGUCGUGCUGGGACGCUUCCGCGACGAAGACAAGGAGCAGGGCUACCAGCAGCGCGAAGGCCUCGAUGUGAAGCGCUCGCUCGAAAAGGGCCGGGCCAAGCAACUUCGAACGAUACAGCGCUUUCACAUGAUCACCAAUGCCCCCAUGUACCCCGGUGCAAAGGACCCAACGGACAAGCAGCCAGUGCCCCACCCGUAUCGGAAAAAGAGCGCAGCCGAGUACAACAUAGUUACAAAUAUUCCCUACAACGGCACAAGUGGAGCGCCACCUUCAACCACCGCCUCGCCGUCUCGCAGGCCGUACCGAGAGUUCAACAUCCUCACCAACAAGUAUCACGAUCGCCACGACGACCGCUUCGAGCAGGAGGCAGUGCAGGCCAAGCGGAUAGCAGCCCAAAAGUACUUCAAGACACGCACAUUCGACCCGGUUCGCAUCACGUACGUGGAUGAGGAGCGCGAGAAGGAGUUUCUAGUGCGACGACACGAAGAGCAGCAAGUUCACGGCAAAGAUCGAGUGUUGAUGCUGCCGCCGCGCGAGCAGUUCUCCGAGGGGCGGCUCUACAACAUCCUCAACCAGCGCGUCAUCAACUCAGCCAAGUUGGCCACCAUGAACGAGAAGGAUCAGCGCGUGCUCAACAAGAUCAAGAAGACUGCGUACGAGACGAAGAUGCGCGAGGUCGGCGAGAACCAGCAAGCCCGAGAAACGGAUCUCUGUCUCAAUCGAUACGCCCACGAACGCCACAUUGAGAGCCAUGUCCACGGAUAUGAUGUGCUCUCGAACCAACCUUACGUUGGCCGAGACGCCAAACCCAUCGUGUACCCGAGGACGCACGCACAGCUAUCAGCGUGGCAAACCAUUGAAAGCGGUCUACUGGUAAGGGACAGAAUUGCUCCGAAAUCGUCACCCUCGGCUGCUGCCGUCGCAGCCGCGAGACCACCGUCAAAUCCAGACUCGCGACUCGUUGGCGCUCGUGAUGAUGCCCAAACCGGCGAAAGGAAGCCCAACAUCCUGAUUGUCGAUCAAACGCCAGGGACUGCGCAGAGUUGGAAGCUGCCUGAAGGCGCUCGAUCAGCCGUUCGCACGGGCGGAUUUUAG